AUGCCGCACACGGUGGAUCCAAUUGGGAUAUUCCAGGUGGAUUCCAAUGAUAUCACAGCGUCUGUGUCGUGGGACGGUGUGGUGUUCUUGGGCUUGUCUGAUGGUACCAUACAGGUGUAUUCCGUUGGUGGUCUACCUGUACCGUUCUCAAACACCUCUGAAUCCAAGAAGUCCAAUUCAAUCAGCCCUACAAAUUCCAAAUCUCAGAUACGAGAGUCUUCACUACCUAAUCUCGAGGAUAGCUUCAAAUUGCUCAGGUCAACCAAGAUCUCAGACAGAGCUGUGACGGAGCUGGAGAUGCUGCCAACUACGGGAUUGUUGGUGGCUUACACGAAUGGCAGUGUGAUUUUGGUCAGAGCUGAUAAUCUGAAAGUUGAGAAUAUCAUUUCUAACUCUACCACUUUUGCUGUGUUUUCGAAGAGGGCCAAUGACGAUCAUGGGCUAGAGUCAGGUAGGCAUGCUCAUUACAGGGACGACAUGUCUUUAGCCACAGUACCUUUUGUUGAGGAAACCGACUCCUCAGAGUCCGAAUUGAGUCCCGAGGAAUAUGAUAUGGCUUAUUUGUCUGUGGUCAAGAAGAAAACCUUAGUGGUUUACAAGUGGAAAGACUCCAGUUUUGUGGAGAAGACAGAGUACACCACGACUGACCGGAUAUCAUCGCUGAUAUUUCUGGAUCCCUCAAAGCUUAUUGCUGCCUCAUCUACUGGAUUAACAUAUAUUCAGUUAAGCAGUUCUCCCGUUCAAUCGUCCCUACCGGUGCCGCAUCUGUUCGAGGCGAAAACCAAUUCGAGUUCUUUAAAAUCAUAUUUCAAGUCCAGCUCUCAGGACGAUCAACCGCAGCUUCUGAGAAUAGCCGAGGGCGAGUUAUUAGCCAAAAGAAAAAAUCUUGGAAUAAAGAUAAUAGAGGAAGAAAAGUGGCCUGAAAAGUCCAAUAACGAUACCAGGAAGACUAUUUUACAGCAUCACCUUCUAACGGAAUCAAAACCUUUCAAUUGGACUCAACCAUCUGGUACAAUUUACUACUGGUUCCCGUAUCUUUUGGUUUUUUCAGAUCAAAUACUUGAAGUCCGCAAUAUGGAUACAGGCGAGCUCUCCGAAAGCUUAAGUUUGUGGGGAACAGUUUCCUCCGUUACCAUAAGUGAAACUCAAGAUACGCAUCAUCUGCUUGUUUCUCUGGGGAGAAAGAUACUUGUUUUAUCCAAUGUGCCAUAUAUGGACCAAUUGCGUGAGUUAGAAUGCUUGGGGCACUUGGAUGAUGCUUUGGCCUUGGCAAUAAAACUUCCUUCAAAGGAAUUUACCCUGAUCAACAAAGACACAGAUCCUAGGCAACUGAAGUUUCUCAAGAUUCGCAGCUAUCAGGUUGAAAGGGCCAAACUUCUGUUUGAGAAGGGAGACACAGAUGCUGCGAUCCAGUUGUUUGUGGACUAUAUGGCACCUCCGGAUUUAGUGAUUAAUUUACUGCCUUCUGAAGUUCGAACCAUGCUGGAAAAGGGGCCUGAGAAGCUUGGAGAUCCUCUAUUUCCAACAUCAAUCCCUCAGGCCGCUGAAGGUGACUAUUCACAAAAAAAUGACGCUUCUCUGAAGCGAAACCGAAAGCUUAAUGCCUUGGUGUCGUCAUUGCUGCCUUUUCUAGCAGACUCUCGCAGGAAGAUUUCGAGGCUUCUUGAUCCUCGUUUUGAGACCUUUGAAUUAAGAGGAGUCAUCAUAUCUCCUACAAUAUACAACCUUCAUGCACAUGAUGGUAAUGAUAACUUACCUCUGGACAAGAUGUUGGAGCUGACCGAUACCACCCUGUUUCUGUGUUAUCUGUUUAUCAAUCCUCGGAUGAUUGGUCCUCUGUUGAGGGUCCACAAUCAUUGCACAAUAAGUACUGUUGAGAGGCAUCUUACUCGAUUGAAGCUGUGGGGAGAGCUGGUUGAUUUCUAUUAUGGCCAUUCAUAUCACGAAAAAGCAUUAGAGCUUUUACACUCGCUAGGGACCAAAGAUGAUGAUUCGCCUUUUUCGGGGCCAGAGUCGACCCUAAAUUACCUCAAAAGAUUGAAUAAUGAUAAUAUUGAUCUCAUAUUCAAGUUCUCCGGUUGGCCCAUUUCGCUCAAUGUUAACUAUGGCAGUGAAAUUUUUAUGGGCGAUUCAUUGGAAUCAGAAUCGCUGAACAGAACCUCAGUGGUCAACUUUUUGAGUUCUCUUCAAUUGGAUCAAAAGAGCGAUUCUGACCUUCUGAUGUCGUAUCUCAGACACAUCAUUUUCGUUCAUGGCGAUAAGACCAGGAAAUUUCAUCUCGCGCUCCUCAAGUGCUAUCUUGAAGCCAUGGAAGACUCCUCAAACCAUGAAACGUUCGACCGCAUUUAUGCAUUGUGUGCCAUAUUUUUAUCAACUAGCAAAUCCUACGACCCCAAACAGGCACUGAAAAUGUUAGAGUCAACAUCUGAAAGAGUCAAGACUAACGAGAACAAGCUGCUUAAACUCAAGAUGUAUCCUUUGAGGUUGCUAGAAAUGCACGACGAUGUGUUGGAGCUUCUCGUAUUCAAAAUCGAGGACUACGAUAGUGCUUUGGCCUAUUGCGCCGAGCUCUAUGAUGAGGACAAAUCAUUGGGUACGAAAUGGCUUGAAUCUUUGCUCUUUAAGUAUUUGGAUCCUCCUUCAAAUAGAACGCGGAACAUGAAGAAAGCUCUGGAGAUGCUUUCGAGUCAUGGAUCUAUGCUUUCCUUGACACGUGUUUUAAGCCACUUACCUGAUGAUACUUCCGUUGCAGACAUCGAUUUCUUCCUACUUACGCAACUAAGGGAAACCGAGACUCAGGUGGAGAAAUCCAGAAUGGUGCAGGCUCUUCUCAAAGUCGAUGUGAUCAAGAAUCAGCAGUCUGAAAAGCUUUUACGUUCGCGGAACGUGAUUAUACGAGAAUCGAGUAUUUGCCCUCUUUGUGGAAAGAAACUAGGCCAUAGCGUUCUCUCGGUAGCUCCUGAUAUGGGUGGAGUGGUUCACUACGGAUGUCGAGUGAAAAAUACGGCUCAGGCUUGA